AUGAGAGCAAUAGGAAAGGACAAAUACAGAGGAGAAAGGAAGGACACUCAAGGAUCUCCAUCGAGCAUCAAGUGCUAUGGAUGUGGAGAAAGAGGACACAUCAAGAUUGAUUGUACCAAGAAUAAGAGAUGUGAAGAAAAGAAAGAAAAGAAAUUUCCCAAUAAGAAGAAGGCUUACAUAGCGUGGGAAGAAAAUGAUUCCAGUUCUUCAAGCUCAAGUGACUCAGAUGAGGAAGCAAAUCUUUGCUUAAUGGCUGACUCUGAUAAUGCUCAAAGUCAAUUUCUCACCAAAAAGAAUAAAUAUAUAAAGGAAGAAACAAUUGAAGUACAGGGAAAUUGCAGUGCCAUAAUGCAGAAGACUCUCCCUCCAAAAUUUAAAGAUCCGAGGAGUUUCUCCAUUCCUUGCACUAUUGAAGAUCAUGAUGUAGGGAAAGCUCUUGUUGACUUAGGGGCUAGCAUCAAUCUGAUGCCCCUAUAUAUGCUUAAGAAGAUUAGUGGUCUGGAAGUCAAACCCACAAGGAUGGUGUUUCAAAUGACGAACAGGUCUAUCACGCAUCCCUAUGGUGUAGUGGAAGAUGUGGUGAUUCAAAUUGUUAAACUUAAAUUCCCAAUGGAUUUUGUAGUGAUGGAGAUGGGAGAAGAUGUAGAGAUACCGCCCAUUCUUGGAAGACCUUUCAUGAAGACAGCUAAGGUUGUUAUUCAUAUGAAAGAGGGAAUAUUGAAAUUAAAGGACCAAGAUAGAGAGGUAACUUUCAAUGUCUUUGAUACUGGGCAACCGAUCCAAAUAAAAUAG